UAGAAUUUUAGUCGCUUUUUAGUAAUACUGUUGUACUUUAUUUUCCUGAAACCUAAAGAUACGAUUUUGAUUUCAGCAAUCUUCAUGAAAAUGAUGGGCUAUUCGUUUGCUGUCACGUCCGUUGUUUUGGCAUUGUUCGCGGCCAAUGUGUCGACGGACGAAGGGACUUGCGACGUGGACUACCGGUUGCACGAGAACUUGUCGUCGGUGCUCAGGAACCCGGUGGGCGUGGGAAUGCUGAACGACGUGGCGCGCAACGUGGCCGACAUGUGCAUGGACCCGGCGGCGCACAACUCGCAGGUGAAGCUGCUGGACGCGUUGAUUGACGUGUCCACGGACAAGACGGUGGCGCAAACGCUGGGCAACGUGUUCUUCUGGACCCGGAAGCUGAUCAAGGACCCGUACUUCCGGGCCGCGUGGGACGAGACGAUGCGCGGCCUGAGCGUGUGCUUCGACCGGCACGCGGACUUGUCCCAGCUGACGGACACGGUUUUCGACAAACUGGACGUGGUGCUCAACCAUCCGAAAUUUGACGACGUGUUCGAGUCGGUGGUGCAACGCGCGUCCAUGUUCACGGACGUGCACAAGAAGAUCGCGUACGGCGCGGGCGCGCUGCUGGCCAAACCGAUGGGCGGCAAACGGAGCGUCUCGAACGUCCAGCGCCGGAACUCCGCGAGGAGCACGCGCUGACCGCUGACCGGUGGUCGGCACAAGCUCGUUUUCCGCACCGCGCGCACGGGCGAGACGAUAGCCAUCGACGACGACCGAUGACCGUUUCGUUUUUUAUUAUUAUUUUUUUUUUUUUUUUUUUGUACACCCGAUACAUUCCAAUACAAAUAUACCUGUUCCGCGCGAGCCAAAUACACGUUUUAUUUUUUAAAAAA